AUGGCCGCCUCAGCUGGGGCAGCGUCUCCAAACUCAGCAUCCUAUCGAUACGAGCCUCUGAACGCAACUGCGCAACAGAUACGCCUACUCCGACUACGUAGUGUUUCAGAUUCACCAAUACAUUCAUGCGAAAUCUCAAUUUUCGAUUUGAACGAAGUACCACCUUACGUCGCUCUAUCCUACACGUGGGACGAUGAAUCGGCGCCCAAAGGCCUUGUAUCUCUCAAAGGUUGCGCUAUAGAGACGGGGCAGACCAUAUGCGACUUUUUCGAUGACGUCCAAGCUAGCGACAUUGAUGCUCUUGAUCUCUGGCUGUGGAUCGACCAGCUUUGUAUCGAUCAAGCCAACGUACUCGAGAAGAACCAUCAGAUACCGCUUAUGUCAACUAUCUACUCGAGAUGCCAGUAUGUGAUUGCUUGGCUGGGUACAGACUACAAAGGGAUAUCUGAUUUGGUCAAUCGCCGAUACUUUACAAGGCUCUGGAUUGUACAAGAGGUGUUGCUUGCUCCAAGGGUUCGCAUAAUGUGCGAAACUACAAUAUUUGAGAAGAGCGACCUCACAGGCAUACUCUACAUACGAGGCAGUAGUCCAGCGCUUAAAUUGCGCGAAGGUAUCCCGGCCGCCGCGAUACUGGUUUUAGUGGGCAUUAAUCAUGGGACGGAAGACCGAGGGCUGGGACACUACAUGAGUUUCUAUUCCUCACAAGAGUGCAAAGAUCCACGGGACAAGGUUUACGGACUACUAGGACUGGUUCAAGGUGGUCAUGUGCCAACGGUGGAUUACUCCAAAUCACUGACCGAGGUUUUCGUCGAUGCGGUGAAAGCCCUGCACGAUGAGUACUGGAUGCAAUCAACUGGGUGCAGCGAUGGUAUCGCGGAAUUCCUCCUACCCACGAGAAAAAGCGCCCCUGAUUACAUGAUCAUAGGCGGCUGUAUGCAGGUUGACGGGAAUGCUCUUGACUGCGUAGAAGAACAUCUCGAGGACCUGAAACGGUUUCCACACGAUCAUGUGUGGUUCCAAUGGCUUUUGGAGGAACUUAUAUAUUAUGCCCUGUACGAUCAGCGGGUGUGAGGCCCACGAUAUACAGGAGGCUAACCACUGUUAGAAUGGGAUCGCGUUGGGGCCUUGCUUACAAGGUAGUAUUAGGCUGUUUCGUGCUAUACCUUCCUGCACUCCACGGCAUUUAUUUCCUAUAGUAUCUAGGCAGCACUCAUUGAGUUAGACUCUGAUACUAAUAUCUUUGUUGGGUUGAGAACCACCUAGGCACGGUUGUGACCUAAUCAAA